CUACAAAUGCAUGCCGCAGAAGAACUUCAAUAACAUUCUGUUUUUGGACCCACAGUGCGGUGUUUUGGUGCGCGGUCUCACGGUCUAGGUGUUAUUGCCUUUAGUUGAUCGGAAAACACGUCGAGAGGCUCCACAAAGCAAUUCUAGUCACGCGUGUGGCGGUAAACAAAAAGCACGCUACCUCAACCCCGCCCCAACGGCAACCGCCCCCUUUCUACAACAACACACUAGCUUGCAAGGCUAUUCACAACAACAAUAACAACAACAAAAACAACAAUGGAAGAACUAAACAGCAUACUACAAAAAACCAAAGAUAAAUCAACGCAAAAGGAGCAGGAUGAGAUUCUGCUGCAGCCCUUCACAUACAUACAACAGAUUCCUGGCAAGCAAUUCCGCUCGGAGCUGGCCUUGGCCUUCAAUCACUGGUUGCUCAUACCGGCCGAGAAGCUGGCGCAGAUCGGGGACAUUGUACAGAUGCUGCACAAUUCCAGCUUGCUCAUUGAUGAUAUUGAAGACAAUUCGAUCCUUCGCAGAGGUGUGCCGGUGGCGCAUUCCAUUUACGGAGUGGCCAGCACGAUAAACGCAGCCAACUAUGCCCUCUUCCUGGCCCUGGAGAAGGUGCAACAGCUGGGACAUCCAGAGGCCACCAAAGUGUAUACGGAACAGUUGCUGGAACUGCAUCGGGGUCAGGGUAUGGAAAUCUACUGGCGCGACAGCUUCACCUGCCCCUCGGAAUCCGAUUACAAGCUGAUGACGGUGCGGAAGACCGGGGGCCUGUUCAUGUUGGCCAUCCGGUUGAUGCAGUUGUUCAGCACCAACAAGGAGGACUACUCCAAGCUGACUGCCAUUCUGGGCCUGUACUUUCAGAUACGCGACGACUACUGUAAUCUCAGCCUAAAGGAGUACACGGAGAACAAGAGCUUCGCCGAGGACUUGACGGAGGGCAAGUUCGGCUUUCCGGUAAUCCAUGCGGUGCGCAGCCAAAAGCAGGAUAAACAGGUUUUACACAUAUUACGCCAGCGCACGCACGACAUUGAGGUCAAGAAGUACUGCAUCAGCCUGCUGGAAAAGCUGGGUAGCUUUCAGUAUACACGCAAGGUUCUGGAGACUCUCGAUGCGGAGGCCCGAGCGGAGGUGGCCAGACUGGGCAGCAAUCCGUACAUGGACCGGCUGCUAAACAAACUACUCUCGUGGAAGACCAGCGACAGCGCCAGCAUCACGCAGUCGAACCAGAUCAAUCACAACAACGUGUCCCGGACCAGCCCCAACCAGAACACGCUCAAUUGCAAUUAGCAGCCAAAGAGGCAAAA